AUGUUGGCUAUUCGUCUGGAGACACCACCACCGGACUUGAUGGUGGAGUCUUCCGGACAAUACCCUGCGUUUUUCGCAAUCUUUACCACUAAUGGUGAUGCUAUCAGUUGGGAUUAUUCGAGCAAGUCACUCGACAAUGGUGCUUUUGACGAGAGGAAGCUCGAAUUAAGUCUCAAAUAUGUCGGCGGCCUUGAAAGGAAAGAAUUAUGGAUUCGGCCAUGGAGGCGACUGAGAGGGAGAGACCAUUCCCGUGCACCACUCUCUGAGUUGGGAGAUGACGACAAAGCCGCCGUUUGA